AUGGAUUUUAAUGGUUCGGCUCAACCAUCUCAACAAACAAUUGGUUGUUUUUUAGUUUCAAUUUUAAUCCCUGGAACUGGUUUAUUUGGUGGUUCUAACCUCACUAAAUUAGCUAACCUCACUUAA